AAUGUGUAAUAAUGGUGGUUUAUUAACUGUUUAAUAUCUGUGAAAGUGCACAAAUGUGGAAAAAGAAACAAAGCCACUGGACGUAACUUCUCGGGAUCCCCAAAAAAGUCCACUGAAAAAAUCCUUGUAAAUGACCACCAUUUUACUGAGAUUAUAUUUCAUCCCAUAUCAUCUCAAUUCAUUUCAUUUAAUUUCAUCCCAGUUGAUUAGUGUCUCAAAUUAAUCAUUUUCAUUUCAUUUCAGUCCAUAAUAUCAUUUUUCAUAAAAAUAUGAAUAAUAUAAAUUAAAAUAAGACAUGACUUAAAGAUCUCAGUUACCAGGUCAUAAAAUUCCUUAAAAGCUAAACCCAGCUGAUGCUUGCGGUUUGAAGAUUUUUGUGUUAAAACACAGCGUACACUACAAUAAAUAUAACAAAAUAGUAUUUUAUCUGGUGACAACUUAAUUCUAUACAUUACCACCAUGGGGCAAAUUAUGGGAGGAUAUCAUGCUCGCUCUGUGGACCUGAAUUCAGACGAUAAUCCUACUUUUGACCCUCAAGCUGGAUUUCAAUACGAAAGAAAACAACGAGAAAUGAUUGCUAAGGAAGAAGAUCUUAUUUCGGCUCGUAUACCCAAUAAAUAUAGAGACUACUGCGCUCACUAUUUACUGGACUAUCAAGUUUGUCGCUAUAAAGAAAUGCCGCUUCUUUAUCGAUGCGCCCAUGAGAAACACAAUUAUUUGAAUUGCGAACAACAAGAUUACGUUUUACGUAUGAAGGAAUUUGAACGGGAACGUCGCCUUAGAGUACGGGAAAAUCGGAUUAGUGCUACUGCCUAAAUCAUUGAAGACAAGUGUAGUUAAUGGUGUUAAAUAUGUAAAUAAAAUCGAUCAGAUUUC